UGGUGUGCUGGAGUGUUAUUCGGUGAAAGAAGGGGAAUUGAUGAUUCUCCGAGACGGUACGAGUAGCGGCCAACAGUAGCGUAUAGACAGUCGGCUUGGGGAUGGUUGGCAGCACUUGACUCGCCCAACUUACUCCAUGAGAUCGAUCUUCAACAAAGAAGAUUUGCAAGAAGCGAAAACAGAGAGAAGAGAGAAAUGAACAGCAGAUCGAUGAGUUUAUUAAAAAGAAAGGAGAUUAGAUGUGUUGUUAUUAUUACUACCUACUAUGUACCUCUAUUACUCCGGCCUCUAGGGAGAAGGAAGAACAAGCUUUUACACAGCCGAGGCCCUGAUGACCACCAGCUGGAUGGCUGAUCAUGUACCUCUACCAUCUAUGGGGUGGUGGAAUAGGGCGCAGUGGCCACGACAUUGUUCUUAAAUCGUUCUUAUUAUUAUCAAGAUCUUCUAGUAAUACCUAUAAGAAAGCUACACUACAUUAUAUACUCUAUACAAAGGUUUGUUGUUGUAAACCCAUAUCCUCCACGGCGAAACUUCUCAAGAAAUGGAACCUAUCGGGGUUUCCAUCGCAGGGACAGUCUCGUUUUGACUUGCGUGGUCCCGUUUCAACUUUACCCAGAAGAGACCGACGCAUUUCCACAUUUUCCACAUUCUCACCCUAUCCUGCUGCUCAGUGCUGCUCAGCGCUGGGCGCACUGCGCUGCGCUAUGCUGCUGCUAGUGUACCUGUACCUCCCAGGUUCCUCACAGCAUCAUUGUACCCUUUGCCUGUUCCCCCUAACUACAUAUAAGACAGCAAUAUCAAAAACACAAGCACAGCAACAUUCCCCCAUUCCAAACUCCUCAUCAAAUUCCCUCUUCCCGUCGUCGUGCUAGCAACACGCAGAGUACGCCGUGCAGUACAGCCUGCGUAUACUCCGUAUAACCUCCGUACAAGUCUCUCUCUUCUCUUGACUCAAGCUUGCGAUUUUUUACGCGUACCCUAUACGCGACGUUCGCCUGCGCCCUGCGCCGCCGGCCGCCAUGGCACGGAGG